GAGCAGUUUGGUCAGAGUAUUGUUGUUGUACUUUGCACACGCAUGUCUGCACGCUACAUGUAUACCAUUGAGCUGCACACGCUGUCGUACAUUCACCUGGUUUUGUCAUAUUUGUUCAGUUGUAGGUCUAGCCUACGUUUCAAACUCCAGCAGGCACAUGAAUGAUGGACGAAGUAUACCAUUGGAAUGAGCUGCCAGCUCAGGUAGAAGCCGUCUUGUCGGAGGUUUGGAUCAAACUGGAUGUUGACAAACAACUUCAACAAGCUCAAGAAAAAAUUGACCAAAUUAAUAAUGGCCACAGUGAAAUUGGUGAGAUAUUUGAUAGUGUUGAACAAGGUCUAAUAGACAUUGAAAACGAGUUACACCCUACAAAGGCAAAUGGAGAACGAACAAGAUUUUAUGCUGAUGUUGCAGACUCGAUGAGCAAAGUGAAGAGUGAUCUUCAGGACCUUCAUUUAAAAAUAGAUGCGCUUGAGACAUGUCAUGAUGAUGCAAAUGAUGAUCAGACUAGCGAGGGAGUCUUUGUGUUUGUGGACAGUGAUGAUGACUCAUCAUCUCAACCAUCACCUAAAUGUCCAUCUGAUAAGGAUCUUGAGCUCAUGGAUGCAACUUGUAAUGAUACUGAGAAGAAAGAAACGGGAGAGACCAACCACUGUGAUGCAGACAGUCAACAAGCAAGCACUGAUCAGCAAGCGAUCCUGUCAACAGACACCAAGCCCUGUGACAAUGUCACAGCAAACAAGAUAGACAGUACUAGUUCGUCAAGACAAGAUGCUUCACAAGAUGUCUGUGAACCUAGGACUGUGCAAGGUGGUAGCAAGCAGAUAGACGCUUCUUCCUCAGUAGCAUCCCAUCAACAGACCGUCAGCGCUGCUAAACCUGUCACGUCUGUAGACAAACCCUCAGCCAACACACAUUCCAAACAGUCAACCACAGUGAUGUCAAAGCCAAAGACGAUGCAUGUCAAACCUGAGCCGGGCAGUAAGACAUCAGAGAGUUUGAAAUCUGUUACGGCAAGUCAGCCCAAGCCUUAUAAUGUUGGUGAAGUGAUUGAUCUAUGUGAUGGAGACGACAGUAGUCCUAUGGAAGAUGACCAGGAUGUUAUAGAGUGUAUCCAGACUAAGAUAAAGACGACGCAUAUUCAGGAUAGUUCGAUUCAGCUGACCCAAGGCUCCAGAGUUCUUGCUAAGAACAUGAAGAAAGGUGACACAUGGCAUGAUGCAACCAUCAUCAGUAUCAUCAAGGACAAUACUUCACAGCAAAAAUUCAAAUUGAAGUUUGAUAGCAAGGGUAACUCCUUGGUAUCAGGGAAGCAUAUUGCUGUGAAAUCCUUCCCUAAGCCAUCCAGAGUCCAUGUGGGUAGCCGUGUAGUAGCUGAAUGUGAGAGUGGAGAGAAAACAUCGCAAUGCACUCUGUAUGCUGGCAUUGUAGCUGAAGUACCACUCCAUAGCAAUAAGGCCAGAUAUCUCAUCUUCUUUGAUGAUGGCUACACACAAUACCAUGGUCUCAAGAAGAUACAUUUAGUUCAUGAAGCCAGUGAUAAUGUGUGGGAAGAUGUACCAGAGGACACGAAGGAGUUUAUUCAAGAAUAUUUAGAGAAGUAUCCUGAGAGGCCCAUGGUCCGUUUACAUCGUGGUCAGUGUGUCAAAACAGAAUGGAAAGGAGUGUGGUGGCGUGCUAAGGUGAUAGAGGUGGAUGGCUCUUUGGUGAAUGUGAACUUCCCUAACGAUGGACGCAAUGAAUGGAUCUACAAAGGAUCACCAAGACUAGAGCCACUGCAUAGGGAAUUGGAGACAGCCAAGUAUCUGAGGGAAUCUGGCCGAUUGAUUGCAGGAAGUAGUGUUUCUAAGAAGCGAGGUGGUCCCUGUGUGGAAUAUCAACGAGUCAAUCCAGACUUUCUAGUGUCAGAGAAUGACAUCCUGGCUUUGGCCGAAGGCAAGAAACCUCUGAUAAGACCAGAGACAACCAGUCAAUUUUCCCAAUCUAAAGGAGUGGUUUCUUCCAAGAUUGUAGAGAAGAUGCCUGUAGUGCAGUGGGCUGUCAUCACACUAAGGAAGUGGUGUGAGAGUCAUAGGGUGUCUCCCACAUUUGAGGAUCUACCCAAUGAGGGUCUCGCAGCACUACUAGAGAGAAUCUACCGAGAAGGACCUACAGAGGAACCAGAUGUAUUCACAUCUCACACACUCCAAGGUCUACGCUGUUCUUUGAGUACCUUCCUGACAGAGCCGCCUAUCAGUCGCAAAGUUGAUAUCUACAGAGAUGCAGUAUUUAACAAAGCAAACAAGGCACUCACAGACUCCGUCAGAUCACAAGACAAAGACAAACCAGUCAUCAAAAAGAUGAUGAUAGGCCAACCAGGGAUGAGUAGACGAGAUCUACUCAAGCUACUCAAGUCCGGUCUAGUGUGUCUGAGUAAUCCAUUGGGUUUAAUGAGGCUCGUCUGGCUCUUCAUGCAGCCUUUUGUUGGCAGAAUUAAAGGCAAGAUCAAGUCGCUGGAUCUCGAUCAGCUUCAGAAGAAGGAUGUGUUAUGCAAAGUUGCCAAGUCGGGUCUCCCGUACUAUGAGAUCAAUUCUCCUGUGCUGGGCUUGAGUGGUGGACAAGAACAGAAGAUCUAUGCCACUGGCAAUCGUUUCUACUGCCCACAUCAUGCCAUCAGUUUGUACAUAUCCAAACUCAAUCCCGAUUGUCCGGAUUUCUUCCAGAAACCAAGAAUCAAGAGCAACUUCAAGCUGGAGGCAAUAUGGUUUGAUCCCGAGCCAGUGAAGUCCGCUGCCAUCAGCUCUCUCAUGUCUGUCAUAGGUGCGGCAGCUAAGUUGAGUCGACCGUACAAUAAUGCGGAUAUCAGAGCCACGCCAUGGGACAAUCUACAAGAUGCCAUUGAGGACUUCUCUGAGAACCUACGCAUGGGUUACCGUAGAAAUCCACCUCCACAAGCUCAGAAGACAUCAGCCGUCACCACGACCACCACAGCUACUACUACUGCUGGCAGGCCAGUGGGUAAACAAGUCAGCCCAUCAGCAGUCACUGGGAAGGCACUCAAGCCAGUCAGUCAACAGUCUGCUGUAUACAUUAAGCCAGAAAUGCAACAAGGUAAUGUCAACAAGCCUGUGAGGAAGGCCCUAUACCAGCAAGCAGCUACAUGUACAACAAAACAGCCUACUGCCCAGGCAGACAGUGACGAUGAUGUCAUUAUAAUAGGAACAACCACAUCAGACUCCUCGGCAAGCAAAGGAGCUUCUAAGAUGUCCGCCUCUCAAUGCCUCAUGCAGAUGAGCAACCUGUAUAAAGCAGAAUUCAAGAAUGAAAGACAGCAGACAGCUAAGAAGAGUACAUCCAGCCAGAGUCAUUAUCACUAUCAUCACCAUAAACACAGACGUGGCAACCAUAGAUACGAUACCAACCCAUAUGACUCUAUGAAGGGAAAGCUGCAGGUUUCAACCAGACAAAUGCACCAACUCACAGCUGAAACCAGACACGCUAAAAUGACCUUUGUUCCCCAUAACUGUAGCCAACAGUGUGUGGUUGCUUCAAUUCCGGAUGAAAAGCGCAAAUACAAGAUCAGAAAACAAAAUCCUCUGCAUGUUCCGAGUAUGUAUGGAUGGGUGCGACGAUUAGCAAAGCAAAGAGGUUCAGGUAGAAGGCAUGUCGUCUAUCGUACUCCAUGCGGGAGAAGUUUGAGAACAAUCUCUGAAGUUGACCGCUACCUCACAGACACCAAGACGGAGGAUAUCUGCGUGGACGCAUUCACCUUUGAUCCAUUUGUUUACACUGAACUGCGCAAAUAUCGUGUCAGCCAGCGAUAUCUUGAGAUCAGUGAUAUCUCUAAGGGUUCGGAACCAGUAGCUGUGUCGUUGGUGAACGAAAUAGACAAUGACCAGCCUCCUGAUGUCAAGUACAUUGCUCACCGCCAGCCAGAGAAAGGCUCAAUGAUCAUAACUGAUCCAGAUUUCCUCAUUUGCUGUGACUGUACUGAUAAUUGCAAGGACAAUUCAAGGUGUGCUUGUAGAAAGCUGACACAGAGAAGUGCCCAGGACUUUCCAGAGCUGAGCAGGAAUACCAGUGAGAUUGGCUACAAGUACAGGCGCCUGAAUGUGAUGGUGUCCACGGGGAUCUAUGAGUGUAACCCCAGGUGUGCCUGCAACAAGCAAUGUCACAACAGAGUGGCACAGAAUGGACUCAGUCUACGUCUACAAGUCUUCAAGACGGAUAAACGAGGCUGGGGUCUGCGAUGUUUAGAUGAUAUACCACAAGGAGCAUUUGUCUGUACUUAUGCUGGUCAGCUAUGGGGAGCAGAAGAGGCAAAUAUGAGAGGACAAACAUUUGGAGAUGAAUACUUUGCUGAACUGGAUCAUAUUGAGGUUGUAGAGAACAGCAAGGAAGGAUAUGAGAGUGAUCCAAUGGAAGAUGAAGGUAUCUCAGACUCAAAGGAGUCACUGUCAUCCAACUCAAGCAACUCAGAUCAAUGCUUGACAUCUGAUGACGACUACCGUAUAGGCAGUGAUGAGAGUGAGACAUCAUCUAUAGCUAUUGAUGUUGAGAACAAUUCAGACGACAGCGAUGAGCUGGCCAAAGAACAAAGUGGUGAUUCCUCAGCGACCAAGAUGGUGUUCCGUAGGCAUCAGUAUGAGUCAGGGCAAGGCAGCAUGAUAGAAGGCAGCUGCUGGUCUGUUGCAUUUCCUGACAAGGAUUCAUCACAGAGUAAGGUGGAAGCUUGGGUGAAAAGAAACCUGUCUGCUAACAGUGAUUCCAUAGCAACCGCAAGUGAAGAGAGUGGAAUAGAUGAAGCUGCAGCCAAGAUGGAGAAGGACUCAACAGAAAGCAAGAUGCAGAGGAAAGGACAACCUGACUCCCUGGCAGACUCAACUGACAGAUCUUACAAGGACGGUACCAGUGAUGUAGACUACAAACCUCUGGCAAAGAAAAGUGUAGGACCAAGGAGAGAACAGGUUGCAGUCAAAAGGAGUGGAAGAAGAGACUCCAGUAACAAAGAAACCGACUCCUCUACGUCUUCAAUUAUCAAGUAUGGUUACAACACCAGUCCAGGCAAGGUACUUGACAAGAGCCAAAUAGAUGCUUUCAAGAAGCGUUCCCACACCAGCAGACUACACAUGCGCAAAAAGAGCAAAGAAGCAGGUGAUGAUAUGAUGAAGACAGCAUCAGUGGUUAGUGAUGGGGAGACGUCUGGUAGUGAAUACUCCAGCACUGCAGACAUGAAGGCAGUGAAGAUUGACAGCAAGAGUAUGGCAUCAUGUGUACCACUGCCCGAUCAACAACCACCAAUUGCCAGUACACCUCCUAGCAAGGAUACAGGAAGUGGCAAGGAGACAGAGAAGAAGGCGCAGGUUAUCCGCACUAGAAGUUUCUUUGGUGAAACGUCUGGCCAUGUCAUGGAUGCAAAGUUCAUCGGCAAUUUGGGAAGAUACCUCAACCAUAGCUGCAGUCCUAACCUCUUUGUUCAAAAUGUCUUUGUGGACUCGCAUGAUCUUCGCUUCCCGUGGGUGGCAUUCUUUGCUAAAAAGUAUGUGCGUGCAGGAGCCGAGUUGACCUGGGAUUAUAACUAUGAUGUUGGUAGCGUACCUGGCAAAUCACUGAUAUGCCUGUGUGGAUCUCAUGAGUGCAGGGGAAGGUUAUUGUAAUAUUGAUCACACCUAAUGUGUCUUGUCCUUUAUCCAGGUCAACUUGCCAAUUUUUAAAUUCUUUCAGUACCUUGUCUAAGAAAAGGUUUACCCAAAAUUUCACAAAAACUGAAAUUUUGAUGAGUUUAAACAUCCAAGCUGAUAAAAGAGUGACUUAACUGACCAUGACAUGAGUAA